UUAAUAGGAUGGUGUGUAAGGACCGACGCCGGACAGGAGAAGCAGGUUUACAGAACACCCCCCCUGGAGAACACCACAGCUAUGCCCGUGGCUCCCCUGCUCCAGGUUUACAGAACACCCCCCCUGGAGAACACCACAGCUAUGCCCGUGGCUCCCCUGCUCCAGGUUUACAGAACACCCACCCUGGAGAACACCACAGCUAUGCCCGUGGCUCCCCUGCUCCAGGUUUACAGAACACCCACCCUGGAGAACACCACAGCUAUGCCCGUGGCUCCCCUGCUCCAGGUUUACAGAACACCCCCCCUGGAGAACACCACAGCUAUGCCCGUGGCUCCCCUGCUCCAGGUUUACAGAACACCCCCCCUGGAGAACACCACAGCUAUGCCCGUGGCUCCCCUGCUCCAGGUUUACAGAACACCCCCCCUGGAGAACACCACAGCUAUGCCCGUGGCUCCCCUGCUCCAGGUUUACAGAACACCCCCCCUGGAGAACACCACAGCUAUGCCCGUGGCUCCCCUGCUCCAGGUUUACAGAACACCCACCCUGGAGAACACCACAGCUAUGCCCGUGGCUCCCCUGCUCCAGGUUUACAGAACACCCCCCCUGGAGAACACCACAGCUAUGCCCGUGGCUCCCCUGCUCCAGGUUUACAGAACACCCCCCCUGGAGAACACCACAGCUAUGCCCGUGGCUCCCCUGCUCCAGGUUUACAGAACACCCCCCCUGGAGAACACCACAGCUAUGCCCGUGGCUCCCCUGCUCCAGGUUUACAGAACACCCCCCCUGGAGAACACCACAGCUAUGCCCGCGGCUCCCCUGCUCCAGGUUUACAGAACACCCCCCCUGGAGGUCAUUGUCAUGUUCCCCUGGGUCCUUAUCCCACACCUGGAGCUCUAGAGAGGACUGGGUGUUUACAUAGUCAAAGUUGAAAUGUGUAUGCCAAAGUGGAUCAUAGGUAGUGAUCCAGCGGGUCUGCCUGUGCUGACCUGAACACCACAGUUUGACGUAACCCUCCGGUUCGGCCAUCCAAUCACCCCUCAGACUAAGUCCAUGGUCCACAUACAGUCGACUGUUAGUUGCCUCUUCCUGUCUGCAGGGGGCAGCAAUCACCACACAGGUUGGGUGAACUCACCACACAGGUUGGGUGAACUCACCACACAGAGUGUGUGUUCUAUUUUGUUUUUCUCAAUCCCACUGUCUAUCACAUAUUGACUAAAUAGCGGCUCUGUGAUUAUCACUUACCUUAUUGUCAU